AUGUCUACACCGGCUGUGCCGCCAUGGCUUCAGCUGCCUCCUGUUCGCGGUACAGACUCCGAGAGCAAAGUCGUUCAUCGCACUCCAUUGACGACUCCGAGCAAGGCCGUUGGGCCGCCUGAGAUACGACGCAAACUGGUGGCAGUCGGGGAUGGUGCAAUUGGCAAGACUGCUCUGCUAUUUGAGGGAACCGUAUUCGAUAACUACGUCGCCGACGUCAAAGUAGAUGGAAGACAUGUCGAGCUAGCCCUGUGGGAUACGGCUGGUGUAGAAGACUAUGACCGCCUCCGACCGCUAUCAUACCCGGACUCUCAUGUUGUCUUGAUCUGCUUCUCAAUUGGCAGCCCAGCCUCCUACGAGAACAUUAUGGAGAAGUGGGCCAAGGAGAUCCUUCAAUUCUGCCCUGGUUUACCGAUAGUUCUUGUCGGACUGCAGAAGGAUGUCCGAUAUGACCCGCAGGUUCUCGCCGAACUCGCCAAGACUGGUGAAUACCCAGUGACACCGCAGCAGGGCGAAGACUUGCGGAAAGCCAUUGGCGCAGCCGAGUAUCUGGAGUGCUCUUCGAAAACAAAGGACGGCGUGCGCGAGGUGUUCGAGUACGCCACUCGCUCUGCACUGCGAUAUCUCCCAAAACAGAAGAAACAAGGCUUCCGAGCGCUGUUCAAACGUUAA